UCAGGAAUAUGGCCCGAAUCUCAAUCAUUCAACGACAAUGGGCUCGGCCCAGUACCGUCUCGCUGGAAAGGAUGCGAAUCUGGCAAAAACUUCGACCCGGCAAAGCAUUGUAACAGAAAAAUCAUCGGAGCACGCUGGUUCAUUAAUGGGUUCUUGGCCGGGUACGGCCUGCCCCUUAACUCUUCAGGACUAAUCGAAUACUUCUCCCCGAGAGACGCAAAUGGCCAUGGCACGCAGACGGCCAGCACCGCCGCUGGUUCGUUUGUGGGCAAUGUCAGCUACAAAGGCCUCGCCAACGGCACGGCACGCGGCGGUGCUCCGAAUGCACGCGUGGCGGUGUACAAGGUCUGCUGGAAUGUUCCCGGCACGGGGUGUUCGUCGGCGGAUAUACUUAAGGCGUUUGAUAAAGCCAUACACGACGGAGUUGAUAUAUUGUCGCUUUUGAUAGGGAGUUGGAUUCCCAUAUAUUCUAGUGUCGAUGAACGAGACGGUAUCUCAAUUGGGUCGUUUCAUGCUGUGGCCAAAGGGAUUAUUGUUGUUUGUGCUGCUGGAAAUAGUGGACCUUCAGCUUUGACUGUCAAUAACAUUGCUCCUUGGAUAUUGUCUGUUGCGGCUAACUCCAUAGACCGAGCUUUUCUUACUCGUAUCACUCUUGGAAACAAUCAAUCUUUCAUGGGGGAAACGUUGCUUACUAGAACUGAGAUUGGUAUGACAGGCUUGGUAUCCAGAGUCUAAAGGGCUUGACCCAACUGCAUUUGGGUUAGCUAAAUAUGCUAUGAUAAUGAGUUUUCAUUUAUAGAAUAAAAUUAAUUU